AUGCCCCCUAAGAAGAAGGUUGCCAACGAAAAGCCCAUCCUUUUGGGUAGACCCGGGAACAACUUGAAGUCCGGUAUCGUCGGGCUUGCCAAUGUCGGCAAGUCGACUUUUUUCCAGGCGAUCACCAAGUGUCCCUUGGGUAACCCCGCCAACUACCCCUUCGCCACCAUUGAGCCCGAAGAAGCCCGGGUGAUUGUCCCCUCGCCUCGUUUCGACAAGUUGGUGGAAUUGUACCACCCUAAGUCCGAGGUGCCUGCUCACAUGACCCUUUACGAUAUCGCCGGGUUGACUAAAGGCGCCCACAAGGGUGAGGGUUUGGGUAACAACUUCUUGGCCAACAUCCGCGCCGUCGAUGCCGUGUUCCAGGUGGUGCGUUGUUUCGACGACCCCGAGAUCAUCCACAUCAACGAAGAAGUCAACCCGAUCGCCGACUUGGACAUCAUCGCCGACGAGUUGAGAUUGAAGGACAUUGAGUUCGCGGAAAAGCACUUGGAAGGCGUCGAAAAGGUUGUCCGCCGGGGCGGCCAGUCGAUGGAGGUGAAGAAGGCCAAGGAAGAGGCCGAGUUGGUGCUGAAGAUCAUCAAGUUGUUGGAAGAUGGCCAGAGAGUGUACAACCAGACCUGGACUCAAAAGGAGGUCGAAAUCAUCAACCAGAUGUUCUUGUUGACCGCCAAGCCCUGUAUCUACUUGCUCAACCUUUCCGAACGUGACUACGUCCGCAAGAAGAACAAGUGGUUGAUGAAGAUCAAGGAAUGGGUCGACACCCGCUCCCCUGGCGACAUGAUCAUCCCCAUCUCGGUGUCUCUCGAAGAGAAGUUGGCCAACAUGGGCUCCGACGAAGAGAGAGAAGAGUACUGCAAGGAGAUCGGCGCCCAGUCGGCGUUGCCCAAGAUCAUUGUGUCGAUGAGACAAAAGUUGGACUUGAUCUCGUUCUUCACCUGCGGGCCCGACGAAGUGAGAGAGUGGACGAUCAGAAAGUGGUACACUGCCCCUCAGGCCGCUGGUGUUAUUCACGGCGACUUGGAAAAGACGUUCAUUUUGGCCCAGGUGCAAAAGUACGACGACGUCAUCGAGUACAAGGGCGACGAGAACGCCGUCAGAGCCGCGGGCAAGUUGUUGAUGAAGGGUAAGGACUACUUUGUCGAGGACGGUGACGUCAUCUUCUUCAAGGCCGCCGACGGCAAGGCUCGUUAA